AUGGCUGUGACAUCGCCCAACAAUGGUCUUUGUCUCUCCACAUCUCGUCUAGCUCAUCAGAGCCUUUUCAGCCUCAGUUGCCCUGCGAGGCUUUAUACCAGCUGCACUCAUUCUUUUGCACCCCCAGUGUCCUGACUUCUCAAGCAUUUUUAUAUCCUGAACUUUCUGCCUGCAGUGAUGUGAGGGGAAUUCUCAGCUUAGUUUGGUCAUGUGACAGAUCAGAGACACAGAUUAAGAAUUCAUCAGGGAUACAUAUCUCAAGUGAAAGAUGCGUAUCUAGGGAUCUUCAUCAAGAAACCAGUGGGUUAUGGAAAAUCCUUUCCCAAAAAACCCAUUGAAAAGUGUUUUAAGUUAAUAAAACUUUACGAAAGUGAUUAUGUGGGAGUGAAACACAUUUGUGAAAAGUUUAAAAAUGGCAUUCUCAAAGUCCUGCUGAGAGAAGAGCUGACUGAACUACACCCAGCUGUGAUAAAAAACUCCAAACGACCCCAAGCUUUCCAAGGGAUAAAUUAA